GUUGCAGGAGGUUGCACGCGUAGAGGACCGGAUUAACCACAAGAUAGAUUACGCUGGCGAAGGAGAUCUUGGCUUCGCGACCUGACUCGACCUGCUCUAUUUAUCCAAGUGAGAAGAUGAUGAUUUUCUUCAGGCGGAAAAAACAGCCCAAAACAUGAACUUAGAGACCCAGAAAUAUACCUUCUCCACGUCUCCCUGACCUUGCUUCCCGCCACUUCUCUCCCGAGGUCAUAAUUCAAGGUCAAGUCAGGUCAUCUCCGUGCCGUAAAGACCCCAAUCAACGCCAACGGUGACGUCACAGCCCGCCAUGCACUAAGAUCACGUCGAUUGCAUUUUGAACCCGUUUUAUUCCUUCGUCAAUUUAUAGUUUCGCUGAUUUUAUAGAGAAAAAAAGAGGGGAAAAUUAAAAUAAAAUACAAGAUGGGUUGCAAUAUCAACAGACCGCUUUUCCUACACAAGAUUCUUUUCUUUACGUUCUAUGGAGCCCUCGGAAGCAUCAUGGCCUUCCUGACGAUCCACAUGCGGACGCUGGGACUCAACAUGGCGGAGAUCACGUGGAUUAACUCUAUCUUGCCCCUAACCUCCCUCGCCGGUCCUCCGCUCGUGGGCCUCCUGGCGGACAGACUCGGAAACUACCGCGUCAUCACGAUUGUGUUCAUGGCCCUCGGCGCCAUGAUGUACACAGCGCUCCUCUUCGUCCCGGCCUACGCGGUGAGGUCUGUACAGCCUGUCCUCUCCCUCACGUGCGACGCCGAAGGGGCAGCCAUCACUCUCAACUCCUCCGAACAGUCGUGUCCGGACCUCAACCGCUCGCACUCGUCUUCGUUUAGAAUAGGGGGUUGCAAACAAGAAUGUUUAAUACCACUAGAACACAAUACCACUGCCGAACCUGCCUACUUGUGCUUAACUCGGCCUGGAGGGGAUAAGGAGUAUAUAGCAUGCAAUGAGAGCAAGACGCCUUUGGAAUUCAGCCGUCCUCUAGUGACCCCGCAGGAUUAUGGAACUGUAUGCCAUUAUCCUCAGCAUGAGUUCAACACAAGUGAGGGACAGUUCAUUAGCCUCACCUGCCUGACGUCUGCACCGAAUUGUACCGUCGUCUGUGAUGUCAGUGAAAUGACUGAAGGCAACAGCUUGCUUCAGUACUCCGUCGUAGAGGGAAAUGCAACGGUGACCUUUUGGCUGUACUUUGGAUUCCGUGCCCUUGCUGAAAUGUUUAUAGCCAUCCUGGUGUCACUGCUAGAGGCUGUGGCACUUACCAUGGUACAUCAGCAUAACGGGGACUACGGACGAGAGAAAAUGUGUGGUAUUUUUGCUGUUGGCGUCUUUUCUCCUCUCUGCGGAUACCUGAUGGACACACAAACUGGGACAUUCGGAGUUUACUAUUAUGCUCCUGUUUUCUAUGUGUUUGAUGGUCUUCUCAUGAUAACUGCCAUUGUGACUUUAUUUCUACCUUUUGAGGUGGAAGUUACGAGAAAAAGUCUGUGGAAGAGUAUCGGCUCCCUCAUCAAAACCUCAGAACUAAACAUCCUUCUUUUACUGAUGACUCUGCUCGGUACAUUCUGGGGUUAUCUCAAGACCUUUGUCUACGUGUACCUCGAGGACCUGCAUGCAUCCAAGCUCCUUAUGGGAUUAACUGUGACCAUAAGCAUCGUCCCCUCUCUGCCGUUCCUGUACAAGAGCUCUGCUGUGGUGCAGUUUUGUGGACAUCACUACCUCAUCAUGCUGGCCUUUGUAGCUUAUUGUAUUAGAUUUGCCGGUUUAUCCUAUAUCACGAAUCCAUGGUGGGCGUUACUGCUAGAGUCACUGGAACUCUUCACACUAAACCUCAUGAACGUUUCAGCAGCCACGUUAGCAUACAAACUAGCCCCAAAGACGUUUGUUGCAACAGCACAGGCUCUUGUAUGGGUCUCACAUUUUAAUAUAGGUCGAUGCCUGGGCACUUUUGUUGGUGGGUACCUGACUACUCAGUACGGGCAGGUGUGUGUCUUUCAGGGUGCAGCAGUUGCAGCUGCUAUUAUUGCUGCCGUCUACCUAAGUAUACACCAACUGAUCAAACACUUAAAGACUCAAGGGAAACCCCUGCCAAAGCCACAGCCGAUAAGAGAAAAUGGAAAUGUUCCCAAUGGCCAUUACACACCACUGCAAGCUGCCGAUGGAAGAUUUUGAUUACAUCUGCAAGCUAGACCUCUACAAGUUACCACUGAAAGCCAGGAGAAAGUGCUUGACUGCCAAACACUUUUUGUGGCAUUGUGAUAUACAUCUGAAGUGAAAGCGAAUCUUAUGAUCCAGUGUGACAGAAUAGUCCUGUGUAUAUAAGAUUUUUAUGCCUUCAGAAUUAGUAAUAUUGUAAAUACAUUGGCAGUUUGCCAGGUCGUCUCGAAACGGUUGAGAGUUGAGCAGUUGAAUGGACAAGCCUCAAACUAAAAGUUAUGUUCAACAGGUCAACAGUAAAACUAGUGUUUUGGCAUCAGCCUUUGCUGCUGACAAAGUCCCGCAGAAG